UAGAAAUCGCUGUUCCGCUGUCGUCGGUAGGACGAGCUAGUCCGUGCUAGUCCGUGCGGCCCCGCGUUCAGGCAACAGCGCGAGGAGUGGAAUUUCUGCUGCUUCCGUCCGGCUCGGACGACUAGGCCGGUUCGAGUCGUUGGUUCGUGUAAUUUCUGUCAUUUGUUUUGGUGUCGUCAGUAGGACGUGUUGACUUUUGAGUCGACUCAAAAGUUGGUUCGUAUAAUUUCUGUCGGCUGUGUGGUGUCGUCAGUAGGAGGUGGUAAUCCCUGCUACGAGAAUGGGUGGAGUGGAGUCCGUGCUGGUUCCGUCCGACUCGGACGACGAUGACGAGCGGCAAGAGCGACGGGAAGCGCGGCGAAGGGAAAAGUACUUCCGCGAAAUGCAGAGGCGACAGCAGCUGCUGCUGCAGCAACAGCAGCAGCAGGCGGCGCAAUUUCACCAGCAGCAGUACGACCAGCAGCAGUACUAUCAACAGCCGAGACAGUUGCACCAGCAUUACCAGCAGCAGGAGCAGCUGCAACAACCCUACCAGCAGCAGUAUGGGGAAGAAUCGUAUUUAAGACCCGGAAUGGAAGGGUACGCGCCGGGUGUAGAAGGCAUCCCGGCAGAAUUAAGAGAGCAUUUUGAUGGCCAAUGGGAUCCUCGCGAAAUCGGGGCUGAAUAUAACGAGUACACCCUCGAACAAACAGCAGGGGGCUCGUUUUCGCCAGCAACUGAUGGAGCAAUUCCGGACGCGAUAGAAGCUGCUCCGUUUGUUGCUGGACAGGCUACACCUCAACCUGAAAUGUUUGGAGAAUACGGAGCAGGGGUUCCGGCUUGGUCUGGCAUCGUUGACAGAUGGGACCCAACCGGGGCUGAUGCAGGCGCGGCUCGGGCUGAGCAGGUUCGGGCCGAACCUGCUCGUCCAGGUUCGGACGGAGGUCAGGAGGAGCUACCCGUGUCUAUGGGUCCCGGCUCCUCCAGCCCUACUAUUGGUGCAGCUAACAGGCAGAGCAAUGUGAUUACGGUAGCAUCCACGUCAGCAGCGGGCCAAGGGAGGGGGGGCACACUGCAUGUCAGCGUGGGAGGAGCAGACGGGUCCACGUGGCCAUCAGCGAGUGUGGGUUUUGCCACGUCAGUAGGCCACGUGGCGGGGGUUGGGGAGAGGACGGGGGUGGAGAUGGGGAGAUGGGAGGGAGGAGGGAAAGGGAUAGAAGGGGAAGGGGAAGGAUGGGGGGGAGGGGGGAAUGCGGGGGUUGUGGGAGGUAUGGGGGGUAUGGGGGGAGUGGGAGGAGUGGAGUACGGUCCUGCUGCUAUCCUAUCCCCGUCUACCAUAGCUGCUGUAGCUGCUGCUAAUGCCAUGGCCAACGCUCCCCCCUGCUCGCCUGAAAGGGCAGGGGGAGAGGGGGAGAAGGGACGACUGGAAAAGGCAGAAGGGAGAGGGACGGGAGGAGCAGGGGGAUGGGAAGGAGGAGGAGGAGGAGGAGGAGGAGGAGGAGGAGGAGGAGGAGGAGGAGGAGGAGGAGGAGGAGGAGGAGGAGGAGGAGGAGGAGGAGGAGGAGGAGGAGGAGGAGGAGGAGGAGGAGGAGGAGGGAAGGAAGGGGAGGGAGAGGGAGAGAGGGUAAGAGAGGAGAGGAAGGAUGAAGCGGAGAAAGGAUGGGUGAAUAGAGUGGUCAAGGCAUCUGGUAGCAGUAAUAGCAGCGGCAGCAGCAGCAGCAGUAGCGGCACUGGUGGUGGUAGAACUGGUAUCAGAAGACCGGGAGGAAAUAAGGAAAAGAGGAGUUAUCAAGCGUUUGAUAGUUCUGCUGGGGAUAAUGGUAGAGAGGAGGUUAAGGGGAGUGUUACAAAGGCGGAUAGUGAUGAUGAUGACGAUGAGGAGAGUCGAAGUUCAAGGGAGCUAGACGAAUCAGAUACAACCGAGGAGGAAUGUGAGGGGAGGGAAGAGGAAGAGGAGAAUGGAGUGACUGGAUCUGAGGACUCUGACGGGGCGAGCUUGGGAAAAUCGCAUGAAAAAACUGAGACGGAUAGCAGAGAUGCUUGUAAAGGGGACAGGAUGGAAGGAGAAGAAGAGGAAGACAGGGACGAAGAGAAGGGGCAGGAGGGCAAGAGCGAGCAGGAGGAGGAGGUAGAGUGUCUGGUGGGGGGGGGAGUGGAGCAGCAGUUGGGGGGCGAGGUGGAGGUAGGAGAGGAAACACACAAAAAGAGCGGGAGCGAGGAACGAAGGAUCACUGACACGAAUUCUGUCGCUGCUAGUGGUGCUGGUGAUGUGGGCAGAGGUGCUGCAAGUGGUGCUGACGACACUGGUUGUGGUGGCUGUGGUGGAAGAGGAGGGGUUGAUGUGGGUAGCAGAGAGAGUGUGAGGGAGGAGAGGGAGGAGGGUGAUGGAGUGUUUGGAGGAGAUAGAAAAACGGAUGAAAACGAGGGGCCAAGUGGGAGGGAGAAGGACGAGGAGGAUAACGAGAAGGGGAAGGAGAAGGAUGAGGAAAGUGGAAUAGGCGAGCUAGACGAGGCGGAGCAAGAGGAGGAGGAGGAGUAUGGUUCAGGAGACUCGGGAUUUGGUACCCCUGGCACUCUUUCCCCUACAGGCAGCAGUGUCAGCGCCUACGAACUCCCAGGCACGGAUUUCCCCGAGUCUGACAGCUUCGGCAGCCAAGCCUCCACUUCAGCUUCGGCACCCGGAGCUAGAGCCUGGUCAGGAGCACCUGGGAGGCCAGGAAGUUUUGGCCGAGGCAGGAGCACAGGUACGGGGAUCCUUGCUGGUGUUACCAUGGCUCCUGGCCCGAGAUUAAGUUCGGGAGGAAGGCCUGCAGCCUGGGCUGGAGGUUUAGGUUCGGGUGCCCCUUUGACUCGGCCGUUCCAGCCUGCCUCUGGUUUGGCCACCGAGCCUGUUGCAGCUGGUGGCCCGACUCCUGCUGCUGCUGCUGCUUCUGCUUCUGCCACACCUGGCGUUCGUACUGGUCCGGCUGGUGGUAGUGCUGCUGGUGCUGGUGCUGGUUUGGGUGCUGGUGAGUCAAACGAGGGGAGCAGUGGUCUAGGGUUAGGGUUUAGUCUUCUGGCAGGUCUAGGCGCGUCUCUCUCCACAGUCGCACGCGAAGCCACUUCUGCUGCAGCCACAGCUGCUGCAGCAGCAGCAGCAGCUGCUGCAUCUAAGGGCGCUCCAGGCGAUGACAACACAUACGCUGUGCUGGAGGUGAGUGACGAGGAUUCGGAUGAGGAAGACGAGGAGGAGGAGGGCGGGGAGGGUGGGGAUGAUGGGAGGGAAGAGGAGGAGAGGAGGAGGAGGGAGCAGGAGUUGAGGGAGCAGCGCGCGGCGCAGGUGUCAGCGAUUAUGGCGAAGAUGGCACGGGAAAACAGCGUGGGAAGCAGUGGAAGUGGGCAAGCAGGCGUCGGAGGGGCGGGGAUGGACGGCAGUGCCUAUGGCACAAUCCCCAGAAACAAUUCCUUCUCCGGUGCUGCUGCUGCUGCUGCUGCUGCUGCUGUCAACAGUCCUCGUCACUCCCUCCCCCCUGCCAGCCCUGCCCAGUACCGUCCUGCUGCUGCCAGUGCUGCUCUGACGUCCUUCCAUCGAAGGGGCGGAGGAGGAUCGUUCGGCAGCGGUGGCAGCGGCGGUGGUGGUAGUGGUAAUUUUGGUAGUGGUAAUUGGGCUAGUGGUGCGGCUGGUGGUGUUGCUGGGGGUAUUGGUCUCGGUGGUGGGGGCGGUAGUGGUAAUUUCGGUGGUGCUGGCUGGGCGAGUAGUGGGACUAGUGGUAAUUGGGCUAGUGGUGGGGCCAGUGGUGCUGGUGGGGGAAUUGGUGGUGGUGGUUGGGCAAGUGGCACCAGUGGUGGCGGUAGCAGAGGUGGCUCUCUCGCAACUUCCCCUAGAGGAGUGGGGCUAAUUGCCCCAGUCGUUAAGGCAGGCGCAGGGAUAGGAACAGGGUCGGGGGUGGGAGCAGGGGUAGGGGCCGGGGUAGGAGUUGGAGGGGGAGGAGGAGGAGCGAUGGCAUGGGCGGGUACGGGCCCAGUGCAGCCGUACCCGUGGUGGGUCGUGGCUUCUCCGGACGCUCACUACCAUGCUGAGGAAGUGUGCAUCGAAUUCUAUGUCUAUGUCAUUCGCCACGCAGAAUCAUUAGACCUCCCGCAUCUAGUAGGGGGCCAGUCUCCCGCCAUACCACUGACGAAUAAGGGCAGGGAGCAGGGGGAGGCGUUGGGGCGAUACCUGUUGGAGUUCCAAGGGGUGGCGUUUGACGAGGCCUUUGCCUCGCCCAUCCCCAGAGCGUGGGAGACAGCACACGUCACAUGCCAGGUGCUUGGCUUCCCGCCAAGCCAAAUGCAGGAGGCAGAAGAAUUGAAGGAGCAGAGCUGCGGGCAGUGGGAGGGGAAGAGUCGGGCAGAUGUGUUCCCCAGGGAAGCAUCUCUCCCGCGAAUCACGAGCGCGCAGCCAGAUUUUUUCUGCCCGGGGGGAGAGUCGCAGCGGCAGGUUGAAUUCCGAAUGGUCGAGUUUUUCAACCAUCUCGCAGUCACCCGCUCCUCCACGCUCCUAGCUAAACGCCACUCCAUGCCGCCCAACGCCCCUCCCCUCCCACCGUACCGCAUCGGCAUCUUCUCCCACUCCACGGCAAUCAAGUGCCUCUUGAAAGGCCUCACCGGCUCUAGCCCACACUUCACUCACAGAUUUGACAUAGCAGUUUCGUCCCUAACUGUCCUGACCUACUCUCCUGGAGCCAAUGCCCGAAUGCCACGUGGCACAGGCAGCAAUGGGGGCACCGGUGCUUUUGGUGCCACCACUGGUACAAGCAGUGGUGCUGCUGGUGCUGCUUUUGCUGCUUCUGAUGGUGGGGGUGGUGUUGGUGGGUGGAGGGUGGGGAGAGUGAAUGACACGACUCACCUGCUGCUGGCACGGGGGCCUCUCCCCCAGGCACAUAUAGCUGCUCUCAGAGCACGCUUUCCUGGAAACGAGGGGUCAGAGUCCACUGUAGCUGUUGCGUACGAAGGGUGAUGAGAGGAGGGUGAAGGGAGUGUGUUGGCGGAUGUGCUGCUUCUGCUACCUGUGGUGGUGGGGGUGCUGCUACUGGUGGUGGUGGUGGUGCUGCAGCUGCUGCUGCUUUUGGUGGGGGUGGUGGUGGGUGGAGAGUGGGGAGAGUGAACGACACGACUCACCUGCUGCUGGCAUGGGGGCCUCUCUCCCAGGCACACAUAGCUGCUCUCAGAGCACGCUUUCCUGGACACGAGGGGGCAGAAACCACUGUAGCUGUUGCGGAUGAAGGGUGAUGAGUGGAGUGUGGAAGGAGUGUGUUGGCAGAUGGUGGGGCUGCUGCUAUUAGUGGUGCUGCUGCUGCUGGUGCUGCAUUUCCUGGAAACUAGGGAUCAGAAACCACUGUAGCCGUUGUUGAAAGGAAGUGGUCCUUGCAGCUAGAUUGAGUGUGUUUCUGGGAAAGGAAGGGUGGAAAGGGAUGGGAAUACAGAGUUGGAGAGGGGGAGGGGGGGGGGGGGGGAGGGAUGGGAAUACAGAGUUGGGAGGAGGGUGGGAAGGGAUGGGAAUACAGAGUUGGAGGCGGGGGGGAAGGCCGAUCGGAUGUUGUGGUCAUCACAGCUGUAAUGUGAAUUUGAUUCUGAUAUGUUGUGCGUUUUAUAUCUAACAGUGUACA